UUAAUGACUGCUAGCUUGAAUGGUCAUUCAAAGUCUAUAUCUGCUAUUUACUUACCUGCAUUGCUGUCUGUAACUGCUGUCUGUCCAAUAAAUACCACCUUGUAUUCCUGUUGUCUCCGACCCUGUCCGUAACACAAAGGUUGUACAUUUACAAUUGUAUUUCUGAUGCUUUUGAUUUUCUCCAUUGAAAAAAUCAUAAAGUCAUUGCCAGUAAACUCUAAUUGAAUAUUCAGUUCAGGUGAUGUCUUUACUUGUAUUAGCAUAUUUAGGUGAACUGUCAAGAAACUAACAUUUUCCCUCCUGAUUCAGUAUCAUUAUAAAUCUAAUCAAAUCUAAAAGUGUAACGCAUCUUCAAAAGAACAAGAAAGUUCUUGGUAAUAUCAAAAUCUUUAAUUUUUUUGAAAAAGAAAAAUCAAUUAUAGGCAAAUGAAGAAAAAACAUGUUAAAGCUAAUGAAUUUAGGAACUAAAGUUAGAACGCCUCCACAAAGAGCGCGCAUAGGCUAAGCUUCAUUCCUGCUCGUUUGAAUGUCAAUCAGAUUCACUCUUUCGUUUUCAAAACCUUCAAGGCGAACGUGAGUCAUGGCGCACAGAUCAGGUGUCACCAGAAAACAGAAGCUGAACUUGAUGUUGUGUGGAAGUGAUGAAAAACUGAAGAUGUCUGUAUCUAAACUUAUAAGAGAGAAGAAACACAUGGAGCUUCAUGGACGUCUGAUCAGUCUGGUGAAUCUUCCAGCUCUCAAUCAGCUCUCAGAGGAGGAAGUGAUGUGUCAGACCUUCAACUGUGUGUCUCUCUGUGAUCCUGGAGUUCAUGUUUUCCUCCUCAUUGUUCCUGAUGGCCCACUUAAUAAUGAAGACGAAGCAGAAAUGAAGAAGGUCCAAAAGAUAUUCAGCUCAAGAUUCAACAAACACAUGAUGAUCCUCAUAAUCCAAGAGAAGGGCAUGAUUAGUAAUCUGAUUAUUAAAACCAGUCCAUUUCAUUCUUCAGCUGCUGAGACAGAGACAUCUCUUCAGACAUUUGGAGGUCAUUGUUUUGUUCUGGAGAACAUCUCACAGGUUCCAGAUCUACUGCAGGAUAUGGAGAAUAUGGUACAGGAGAACAAAGGAAGUUCCUACACAACAUUCAUGUACCUUCAGGAUCAAAUUGAGCUGGAGAGAAACAAACACAGAGCUGAAAUAGAGGAACUGAGAAGUGCAAUGGAAAAAACAAAAACAGCUGCUGAAACAGAAAGUGAUGUUGGUGUGAGGAUUGUUUUGCUGGGAAAGACGGGUGUUGGGAAGAGUGCAACAGGAAACACCAUACUGAAAAAAACAGCUUUUAAAUCAAAACUGACUUCAAAGUCAGUGACCCAAGAGUGUCAGAAAGAAACGACAGAGUUCGACAGAAGACAGAUAACUGUGAUCGACACUCCAGGACUGUUUGAUACUGGAGUUGAUAAUGUUGAGAUCAGGAAGGAGAUUGUGAAGUGUGUCUUAAUGGCGGCACCUGGACCACAUGUGUUUUUGCUGGUGAUUCAACUGGGACGAUUCACUCAAGAGGAGAAAGAUGCUGUGAAGAUGAUCCAGGAGAUGUUUGGUGAUCAAUCCAGAAUGUACACCAUGGUGCUUUUCACCAGAGGAGAUCAACUGAGAGGAACAAUAAUUCAAGAUUUUAUUGAAGGUGACGAUAACUUACAAUACCUCAUCCAUCAGUGUGGAAACAGAUACCAUGUGUUCAAUAAUGAGACAAAAGUUCGAAAACAGGUUUCUGAGCUGCUGGAUAAGAUUGACUGUAUGGUGGCAGUAAAUGGAGGGAGUUUCUACACCAAUGACAUGUUCCAGCAGGUGGAGAAAAACAUCAAAGAGGAACAAGAGAGAAUCAUGAAAGAGAAAGAAGAAGAGAUCAAGAGAAAAGAAGAGCAGCUGAAAACCAAAUAUGAAGCUGAAAUAGAACAAAUGAAGAAAGAAAAGGAGAGAGAAAGACAAGAGAUGCAGAAUGAACUGAGAAAAAGUGAAGAGGAAUUUAAAAAGAAAGAAGAGGAGAUCAAGAAAGAAACAGAUGAGAAUGUACGAAAAGAGCUGCAGAGAAAACUGGAGGAGCAGCAGAAACUUUUUGAAGAGGAGAAUAAAAGAAAAGAAAAAUCUCUAGGAGAACAACAACAGAACUUCAUAAAACACCUGGAAGAAAAACAUGAGAAAGAAAAACAAAAAUACCAGGAGAAAUUUCAACUUGAAACUAGAGAACAAGCAGAGCGUGAAUAUAAUGAAAAACUUGAGAGAGAAGUAGCUAAAGCUUUAGAGAAAAAACUAACAAACAGAGUAAAGUAUGCUUCUGAGUGGGAUAACCAAGUUCCUGUUCUUGGAGCAGCUGUUGGAGCAGCGUAUGGUGGUGUUCAAGACAUGGUGGGUUGGAUUUUUGGCUAAUUCUCCAGUUCUGUGUGUAUUAUAUUGGUUUUCUUGAAGUUUGAGUUUAGAAAUGUUUCAUUUUACUUUUACGUUCAUUUUUAUUUUAUCUUUAUUUCUUUAUGGAUUCCAGACCUCUGGUUCUUAGUACAACCUGAAUAUUACAUUUACAAAAUUCUCAGAUAAUUCAUUUCCAAAUUAAAGAUGAUUUUCUCCUUUAAUAUGAUGACAAAAACAUGAUACUGGAUAAGAAAUAGCUUAUCUUAAGAAAAGAAAGAAAUAUCAUGAUUAUUUAGUGUUGCAUUUGUAUCUAUUUUAUCGGAUUUUCAUCAGAGUUUGUUGUACUGUGGUUUACUUUCAGCUACUUUGUAGUUAUCACUGGACAAAUAUGCUUUGCAUAACUGAUAAAAUAAUUAUUUUUAUUAUAACAUUAUUUACAAAGGAUCUCUGUGUACUGACUAAUGUCACUCAUGGAAGUUAAGAGAAAAUAUUCAGUGGUUGAAAGAAUACUAUACAAAUGCAAAUCUGAACAAAUUAUAAAGAAUAUAAAUGUAUAGAUGCCGUCUCUGAGAGAGAGACAGAGAAAUAUCAUACAAACUUUAAAAUAUUUAAAUAGACAUAUCAAGGAGUAGAAAAUGUUUAUGUAUAUUAGCCUGCUCUUGACAGAGCGCUGCAUGGUUUUGUUUCUGAGAUGUGCAGAGAUGCGACGCAGAUGAUGUGUGAGCUUGCUGUGCUUAUAUUGUACAAGGUAUAAAUAAUUAAAAAAUAUCAAAAAUCAAAUAUAUCAAGAUAAAUCAAAUAUUUAGCCUACAGAAUAGUAGAACAUGUAUGAUGUAGUAUUUCAGUAUUUUAUUCCUGCAUGCUCUGAUUUCUGAGAGACACUCUGAGAGGAAACAGCACAAACUUGGCUGUUUGAUUUGCGCUCAUUUUUUAUUCAUAAAGUUGACACUCAUUCACAUCACACACUCAUUAUUAGAUGUUUAUGUUUAAUAUCACACUAUGAUCCUAUGGCUCACCUGUUGUCAGCAAACACGAGGAAUGACUGUCUGCCUCAGAUGAAUAUUAUUCAGCAGAAUUAUUAGUUGUUUGUUUUGAAGCCAUUAUCCGUGUCUUUGAAAACAAGUUAUUAAGCUCUGUAACAAAACUAUAUGUAUGUCAUGAGUGUGACGGAAAUAAAUCCUUAUAAAGAAUAUAACUUUUAAUCA